GAAACCCACAAUGGCGGUUUUUCGAGAGUCCUCGGUACGGACUGGUUAGGGAUGAGGAAUACUGGUCAUGCAGGUAUCUCUAUAUUCUAAUUAUAGUGUAAUUCAGUCAAAGAAGUUUUUGACUGUCUAGUGGUGAUUAUUGGAGGUGCCGUGGUUUCUGGUGGUAUAUUCUUCUUGUAUCGACGUACAAACAAGAAAGUAUAUUACCAAAACUCUGAUUUACCGAUUGGCCUGCCAAAUCCUAGAAAUGUUUGUUACUUCAAUGCAUUAAUGCAAGCAAUUGCAGCCAGUCCAAGUCUUGUACAUCUGUUGGAACGUAGUGCACAAAUUCGACCGGAUAAAUUUAUAUAUCGAUUGUUAUGUUUAUUAAAAGGUCUACAAUGUUCGUCUCAAUAUAUUGCAGAGAAUAAUUUAGGUGAUAUAUUAAGAGAGAAUCAUGAAGCAUUAAUUAAUGAUAUAGUGAAUACUCAAAAUUGGGCUAUUCAUGAACAACAGGAUGCUCAUGAAUUAUUCGGUUUUAUCAUGGAACGUGCUUAUAGUAGUCAAGAUAAUGAAUUUUUUAGUAAAACCUGUGCUAGAAAAAUAAGUAAUCUGUUCAAUAUUAAUCUUCCGGAUUAUGAACGAAUAGUUAUCUGCCAAUCUUAUUGUUCUGCCAUGGAAAGUAUAAAGUGUCGGACAAUUUUAUGCGAUACAUUUCCUACACAUAUGUUUGAACAAAUUUUAAUGGCUAGUCAAGUAACUUGUAAUUAUUGUAAUUAUCAUAGUAAAGUGGUCAUACAACCGGAAUCUUGUUUAACUAUAUUUUUAAAAAAUCCAAAUCUUAUUAAUAUACACAUGAUGAAAGGAUUACAACAAUCACAUGUAAAAACAUCUAAAAAAGUCAUAGAUCUUAUUGAAUGUCUUAAUGCUCAAUCGGCGAUUAUUGAAUAUAUGCCUGAUAUGAAAUGUCCUAAAUGUCACCAGUCAACAAUGUCAACAUCAAAAUCUUCAUCAAGUAAUAAUCAUCGUCAACGUGAACAAUGGAUAAUGCAUACACCGAAAUAUUUAGUUUUAUACAUUCAACGAAGUGAUUGGUUAAAUAUAGGCGGGGGCGGCGGCGUCGGUGCAGGUGGAGGCAGUAGUUGUUCAUCCAUGGAAUUGAAUCAUAUUCGUCAAUUCAAUCGUCCAGAUCUAAUUGCUUCAACUACUCAAAUUGCUAUGAAACGUUCUGAACAUGUACAUAUUCCGGAAUAUUUAAAUAUGGCACCUUAUUUAUUAUUAUCAUGUCGAGUUUCAAACAAUCAGCCAACUUUAUCUGAAACUGUUAAUCCAUAUGGUGAUAAUGAGAAUUGUGAAUGUUCACCUUCUGAUAAAUUGAAAUUAUUUGAAAAAAAUUAUCAAAAACCAUAUAUACUUCGUUCAGUGAUUGUACAUGAAGGAGCAUUUCUUCAAUGUGGACAUUAUAUCACCUAUCGUAAAUGGCGCACACCUAAGCGACAUAUACAACAAUCAAAAAAACAUUGUUUAAUUCGUAUACUAUCAAGUUUACAUCAAUAUAUUUCAAAUUAUUUUCAAGGAAUAUCAAUUACAUCUGAAUCAGCUUAUACAUCAUCAUGGAUAUUGACAUCAGAUGCACAUGUAAUACGUGUACCAUUUAAACAAAUCGAAUCAAGUCCAGCAUACUUGUUAUUUUAUGAACGUUCAAAUCGAUGUGAUGAUCAACGAUCAACAAUCAAUGCCACUAAUUCUCUUGUUGAACAUAAUAAUAGUUCUUGUACAGAAGAAGAUCACUCGGUGGAAUGUUACAACGAUAGUGAUUUAGAUAAUGUUGAUGAUGAUGGUGUGAUGAUUAGAAAUUUAUCAAAAGCAGAUAUUAUCAAAUCUUAUGCAAUGCAUGCGUCAACAUUUGAAAUGUAUAGUAGUGGUAAUAAUAAUAAUAAUAAUAAAUCAUUGGAUGUAUCCUAUUCUUGA